CGCCAAUGUCAAAAAUAAGUCUUUUGUUCUUCACUGUCUCGUUUUGGGUUUUAAUAGUUUCACACUCAAAGCGAAUCACCUUUAGAAUAAUUCAAUUUUACAGGCGUGUGCAAGUAAAAGUAAUUACCGAAGGAAAUUUCUGGAUGGAUUGUGAAAAAAACAAAACAACAAAGGCCAAAAUGGACUAAAAUAUUUUUUUACAAAUAAGCUGGAAACUCGUGAAGUUUUGACGAAUGGACAAAACCAAUACAAGUAGUCCAACCACUGCAUAUAUUUUUCGUAUCCAUCGGGAGAUGAAUACAGGGUUUUGUGUUCAUUUGUGAAAUACAAGCUGUAUUAUAGACCGAAAAUCCAACCAUGGGUGUAGAUAUUUCAACAUAUCGGUGCAGAAUUGGAUGUUUCAAUGGUAUUUCUGGCAGUUCGGUUUUAACUAAACGUGUUUACAGCAGUUCCGAUGAUGGGCUGAAAACUGUCGGGUCUAUGCUUUUCGUAGGAAUUUUACUCCUUAUAGCUGGAAUAGAGUCGAAUCCAGGGCCCAUAACAGGACUACAAGAAUCUACAGUAUUGCCGGAAACUUACAAAGACACAGGAUAUGAUGAUAUCUCAAGACGUCUACGAAAUGUAUUCGAAGAAGCCCUCAAAACUCUAUUUCGACGGAGGGAAGAAGAACGGUUCCAACAUUUAGAAAUUCAGCAGCAGAAUAUACGAUCUGAAAGACGCUUUGCAGAAGCUGAUCAUAGAAAAGCUUCCGAACGUUUGUAUGACAGGUCUCUUGAAAACACCAUAUUAUGUCGAGGAAACUUCCCUUCACUACAAGAUGGAGGAGACAAGUUACCAUUUUCAUACGACAGAAAAAAUGUACAACUGAAGUCAGAUUCAAUAGGCAAAGCACCAAUUACAAGGAGACAAAAAGUUUCGAAAUAUGAUGUCCCUGACUCUUGUUAUCCCAGGUAUCAGUAUACAAAAAAGCACGCAGCGACUAUAAAAGAUGACUAUAUAGAAUUAAAACGAAGAAUUUUGCAAAACCAGAAACCUGUCAUUGACAAAAAUACCCAAACUGGCAUUUUGCUUUAUGUAUUUGAACCAUUUAAAAAGACAGUAUCUCUGCGUCCCGCGAACUUGGUUUUAAGAGCUCAUGAAACUUGCAGAACACAACAAAUGUCGACACACUUUGGAAAAGAACUUUCUCAGCUCUACAGUGUAUGCCCCGCAGAUAGUACAGUGGUAGCUAUAGAAAGGUUUGGAGUUGAAGAGCAAGAACCCGCGGCUUCAUUGCUUCUGCUCGCCGAGGAUAAAGACGACAUGGCAGGUUUCGAAAACAAUAUAGCAAGUGGCAUACAAGUAUGUCUUAAAGAAAAAGUAAACGUUAAAAUCUGUGAAAUGCUAGAACGUGACAUCCUUCGUCAGAUGGAAAAAGUAUAUAAAGAUCUGGAUAAAGUUCGGUGUGACAUUGAAAACCAGCAUAAAACUGGAAACCUCCAGAAAAGUAUCAUCAUGCCGUGCUCAUGUUUAAGUGACAAAGGGUGUUGCAAGUGCUUUGAGAGAACUAUAGAAGAAAUUAAACGUCUACAAGCAGACAUCACGGGUUUGGUCAAAAGAAGUAAAGUGCCGGAAGACCAGAAACCACAAUUAUGCACAGACAUAGAAACGAAGGUAGAUCAAAUGGUAAUCGAUGCCUUGAAGGAAACAAGUCAAUCUAUUGAUCACUGCGGAUAUAACCUGGACACGCUGUACAUUUUUGUGGACGAAAAACACCCAGAUGAAAGGCUAAAAAUGGACAUUGAAAAAACAAUGUCUGAGCUUUGCAUAAGUAAGUUUCGUAUUGUUUCUUCUCAUGUCAACGUAUAUUCCACUCCUGUAUCUGGAUCAGAGGUUGUUGUAAACGCAAUGACAGAGAAAGGAAUAAAAAAAGCAACAUUGACUGGGUUUGGCCGUUUGACAGAAAACAAUAAUUUGGUGGCAGUUAUAUCGAGACAUUUGGCUAUAAAAAGUAUAGACAAAAAACUGUAUAUAAAGAAUGGUUCAAAAUACUUGACAGGUGAUAUCAUGAAAGAGCUUUUUGAAGCUCAAAACGAAUCUAACGAUAUCAUUUAUGAACGAGCCGGAGCAUCGAACGAACAUGAGAGGCCAACGCAAUCGGUCGUAUAUCCGAAAAUAUGUAUCGACAUGGCUUUUGCGUCAAUAAGCGAAAAGGACGAGCACGCUUGUGACACCAGGUAUAGAACAGAUGAAAAUAGACUGGUGAAAGGAAGACUUUGUGCAUUUGAUCGGAAACAAAUGAUCCGCUUACCAGUAUAUAUUUGGGGAAAUGCAACAGGGCUUGGUCGUGGUAUCGUUUCAAUGUCAGACAUAGUUCCGGUGAAUGAAUCAGACAAACAUCUUUUAAUGAUCGAAGAUACGAAGGGAAAAACAUUCUGUAAAGAAGGGGAUAGUGGAGCAAUGGUAUGUGCAGAUGAUCCAGACAACUACGGAGACAAGGUGCAGUUAAUUUCAAUGGUUAUGGGGGCGGUUCAAGGCGAAAAAGGAAAAUAUCAGACGGUAAAGAUAAAGGAAGGCCUGGAAUACAUAGCUGGUGAAAUUGGAGAAAAUAUCGACAUGUGCUAAAAUAUAGCUGAUUUCUUGUCUUGACUUGUACGGUGUCGCUAACAAGUAUAAUUUAAUGUUUAUAUGAAUAUAUUUCUAAGGUUAAGCAGUAAUGUGUCUCAUGUACGAACGUAAUAAAACUGCGUUCUUUUUAACAAAUACUUGUAUGCAUCCUGUGUGUGUUACUCUCUCAUAAAAGGAGAGCACCGUGAUAAAUUCACAUCUGCAUGUUUAAUGAAUACUACCUUAUCUGUUAUUAUGAUCGCAAUAUUUGUACAUACGCAUGUAUUGAAAAACUUGAAUGCUAAAGUGUACUAUGGUGUAUUCUUAUAAUACAUAUUUACUUAAAAUUGUUUUAUGUUAUACCAGAUUUUAAUUUAGUUCGCACGUGAACAUUGUAAUCACACAUUACACGCUUAUGUUUGUAGACAAUACUUGAAUUCUUGGGUGUAUGUAACAUGCUGUCGUUUUUAUUUAAAUCGGUUAGGAAAGAAAUUAAGCCGGGUAUAGUACUUGUGUAAUUGGUGAAUAACCUCAUAUCAUCCAGAAAUGAGAAAAAAAAAAACGACAACGGAGCAAACUGAGAAGACUUAAUGCACAAAAAGACAUGUAAAGGCUAAUAUGUAAAUCCGCUAUUUUCGUUAGUGCAUUGAAACUGCAAAUAUUUAGAAGCAAUGCAAUAGCGUGUCUAAUGAUUUUCUAACACAACACCAAGGCAAGUCAAAUAUGGGUUUUAUACAUUUUGUUCUUGGCAGAAAAAAAACUUAACUUGCUUUUGUUCUAGGCUGGAUAUUAAUUAUUCUAUAUCUAACUGCUAAACUUCGAGCACUAUAAUAUGAAAAUUUGUACUUAUUUUUCUUUUGAAUAACGCACAAACAAGAACUUCGAGAAAUCUAGAACUGUUUAUUAAUUAUUACAUAAUAUUGAAAACAUUCUGUAAAAAGCUGAACUAUUUGUCAGUCAUAUUAAAUUUAAUUUGUGUGUUCGACCAUAUACUGAACAACUGAUAGUAGGUAUGAAAUGCUAAGAAAUAUCGUGUAUUGGCAAUUGUAUCAUAUUUGUAAAUGUAAGUCAUGACAUUCACAUUUUCCGUAAAACAACCAAAUUGAAAAUGAUAUGAAAAACAGUGUGUAAAGUGGUUUGUGUGGGUACGUGAACAAUCCUAAAGUAUUUAACAGAAUGUGCAAACUUCUAGACUUGCAAUCAAAAAUAUACAUGAAGCUUUGAUGAAAUGAUUGCUGCUAUGCAUUUGCGAAUGUCGAUGAACAUGAUUGGGCGGAGUUUAAUGUUUUAGGGGAAAAUAAGCAUAACAAUAUCUUUUUGAUUUGAAACAUACCUAUACCAUUAUAAUUUUAUAAAUUUAUUGUCCAUCAAAAUGAAACAUUUUGUUCAUUGAUUUCAUAUCAUGAUUGCUAUAUUUGUACAUACAAAUGUAUUGUUAAUUUGCAUACACAAGUGUCCUAUGUUGUAUUCUUAUAAUACAUUUUUACUUUUAACUGCUUUAUUGUACCGUUUACGUACCUGUAUUUUUCUGGAGAGGUAUGACUUUUAAAUAUUAUAUUCGUCUUGUUAUCAUUUGUCAUUUAUCAUUUGUCAUCACAACACAUCACUCAUUAAAAGGAAGUAUAUAAACGUUUAGACAUGGGAAAAAUGUUGCCUAAAUAUUUAACAUUGAUUUUGACUAAGUUUUAAUUUCAUCUAAUUAAACUUAUACUCUCUGAUUCAAUAUAUUUUCAUCCAUUUAAUUUUUCAUUGUGAAAAAUGUCAUCAUAUCUUUGUAUGAAUCUUUGAAUAAUGUCAUAUCAGAUAUUUAUAAGAUUUUAACUGAAUUGUUUAGAUAUAAAUACAUGUUUGUAGUUUGCACAUAAACACAGAAAUCACACAUAACUUACAAACGUUUUAGGACGAUGCUUUUAAUACUUAUUGAUGUUUGUAACACGUUGUCUUAUUAGAUCGAUUUAGCAAGAAAUCAAGCAGGCUAUACUACUUGUGUAAUUCCUGAAAAGUACCAGAAAUGAAAAGAAAAUAUAUGUACAAAUGCCUAAAAAGGCAAUGAUGAAACGGAUAAUAUAAAGAGUUUGUCGAUUGUUCAGCAGAGCACAAGCAUAUCAAAUGAAUAUAUUUUUUUUUUAAUUUGAAACAUACCUAAAACCUUUUUAAUAUUAUAACUAUAUUCUUAAGGGAAAUUAAAUAUUUUACUUAUUAUGUUUGCCUUGAUCUAACAUUUAUAUGAUCUUGACAGCACUUACAAUUUGAACGGGAGUAACUUUGACAUGGCAGUGUUAUUUCCCGCAAUGAUACUGAUUUCGUUUCAUUCCUUUAUGUAAUGCCAUUCUUUAAUCACUUGCAGCUAUGAGUCAGCUACACUUUUUUUUAGCUAUAACACAACUCAUUUGAUGUUUUUACAAAUGAUAAGUAUUCAAAAUCCAAGACUAUUCAAGAGCCGAAAAUACAUAAAAUUCUUUAUUAUAAGCUUACCAAACCCAUACCAAAAAUUAUGCUGAAAGAAGUUAGUAAAGAUUUAUGAGGUGAACAAACAUAUACUGCAUUUUGCCACUCUUGAUUGCUCUCAAAUAGGUUAUAAUUGGUCGUCUAGAUAUAAUCCUAAUGUGAGACCCCAUAGAAUAUUUUUAAUGUAACGAAAACUGUUAUGAAAUUUAUUUAUGUUGUAAAUUGCUGUGGAUUUUUAAAGUUACUCGCAUAUAUUAUUUUAAACAGUUUACGAUUUGUCUGUCUUAAAUAAGGUUACAUUUGAUGACCAUGGUCCUUUGUGUUACCCUAUUUGCAGCUAAAUACCCCUGAAAAGUCAAGAUAAAUAUAUAAAAAUAUGUAAUACAUAUGAACCACUUUUAAAAUAAUGAAGUGAAAUGAUGAAUAUUAUAAUCCACAUUCUAUGUAGGUUGUUACAAAUAUGUGGUACAAGUUUUAUUUCGUUUCUUUUAUUUUCAUUUUUUGCUGUUUCGUCUUGUCUUGUCAGAUAUUAAAAUAUAUAUAGAUAUUCCACUUUGUAAGCCACAGUUUGAUUACAAUCAUGUAUUCAUUCAUUCUUUCAAUCUAUCAUUUUAAUGUCCACUCAUUUCACUCGCCACUCAUACAUUCAUUCACCUGCUAACAUUUGGGUGACGGGCCACCAGCACAUGACACUUUAAACAGGGACUCGUGUUAGGUUUUUCACUUGUGCUUUCAGUUCAUUGCAGGUAAUUUGUCAAAGUAUUUGUUCUUCCAUUAUUUUCGUUGCUCACUUUUUUAGCCAACCAUAGAUAAUAGGUAAACAUUUUUAAAAAUUGCUGUAGAUAUGUAAUAUGAAUAUUAUAUCUGCAUGCACUUAGGUUACUUUAACAUUACCAUCUGAAGAAAUCGUAGUUAAUAUAGAAACCAACUCAAGAAUAAUUGUGUGCAUAAAAUAUGUUUGCCUGUUGUUUUUUUUUUUGUAUGCACAAACCUAAUUACCGGAAGAUGAACGUAUCUACGACACAAUUUAGAAAUUGGUGCCUCUAUUUCUUAUUUUUAGGAAUUUUCAAGUUUCAUCAAUAUUUCAUUUAUUCCACUGAAUGUACUUUUCAGAUUAUUUACAACUGUUUUCUUGGUUGCUCUAUAUAAGUGUUUACUUUAAUUAAUGAUCAAUUUUGAAUAUUGUUCAUUUUGAUUAAAUUGAUAUAUCAUUUUGGAUUUCUAGGGGGAAUAGUACUUGAAUAUUAUUGUACAAGGACUUUUUCACUAGUUUGUAAGAAAUAAUCGCCAAAUCGUUCUUAAUCAGCAUCCAAGAUUCCAAUUCCAUACACUGCUACUUUAUUGUCACAAUUUGUUCUAGGCAACUUUUCUCAAUUAUGCAUUAUGAAUUCUGAUAUGUUAACUAACUGCAUAGUUUAAAGUUUAUGUGAAAUACAUCAUUUUCGAUAUAUUUUUCCUAAAGGCUAAAGGUACAUAAAGAAGUAACGAAAAAGGAUUAUUUAUUUGUGAACUUUCUUCUUGUUUAGACUGUGUUGUAUUGAACAGAAUAUAAAUGCUGGAUCUUU